AAAUUCCCAUUUGAAUCAAAGCCAAAAAAAAGCUUCGCCGAGACGCUUAGUAAACGAUGGUUCCGCCAUUACUGAAGCUUGACUUCACCCAGGGUCCAAGAGCUGGCGAUUCUCUAGGGUUUAAACCCGGAUCCACUAUCCGGAUUGGUCGAAUCGUCCGUGGUAAUGAAAUCGCCAUCAAAGACGCCGGAAUCUCCACCAAGCAUCUCCGGAUCGUUUCCGAUUCCGAGAACUGGAUAAUCCACGAUCUUGGGUCUUCCAACGGCACCAUAUUGAACUCGGACACUAUCGACCAAGAUACGCCUGUCAAUCUUAGCCAUGGAGACGAAAUCAAGCUUGGUGAGUAUACUUCCAUUUUGGUGAACUUUGUGAGUGAUGUUGUUCAGGCGCCGCAGGAGCAUAAGCUUCCGCCCAGGCCAAGGAAGAACAACAAGCGUGUUGCUGUUUCGGAUCCGGAUCCGGAUCCUAUUGAGUCGGUUCAGGAGAAACCAAAGCGCACGCGUGGAUCGUCGAAGCAAGAGGAAAAUGAACUGCCCAAGAGAACUAGGGCUUCGAGGAAAAAGAAUCUGGACGAUAUCGCCGAUAAAGAAGAGGAAUUGGAGGUGGAAAUUGAGAAGAAGGUCAAAACUAGGGUUGGGAGGCCUCGGAAGAACGCAGGCAGUGCAAUUACGAAGGAAGAAGAAGUUUUGGAGGAGAAAAAAAGGGUUGGGAGGCCCCGGAAGAACGCAAGUAGUUCAAUUGCGAAGGAAGAAGAAAUUCCGGAGGAGAAAAAAGGCAACUCUAGGGCUCGGAGAGGUAAGAACAGUGAGAGUGUGCAGAAAUUGGGUUUGAAUUCAAUCAAAUUGGAAGUUGAGGAUACUCCCAAGGCAGUGGAAAUCUCAGAGGUCAAAAGCAGGAAGAGAGUGGCAAGGAGCAAGCAGAUUGAAAAUGCAUGUUUUGGAUUGGAGAAUGUAAAGAGUGAGAAUACUGCUUUAGAAGUUAAAAAUGAGAUGAGAACUACUAGGUCUACCAGAAGCAAGAAGACUGAACUUGGUGGAGAUUCUUUUCUGGAGUUGGAGAUGGUCCUGAACCAAGCCCGGAAAAGCCGUGCAAAGAGGAAGAAAGUGGAUCAGGAGCCGUCCAAGAGCGUUGUGGAGAUGGAAACUAGAAAUGAUGAUGCCGGAGAAGAGGUUUUGAAGAACCGUCAUGUUGAAGAAGAUAAGGAUAAUGAAGCUCAGGAAGGUUGCAGUGAAAGAAGUAAUGACAAAUGUGAUAAAGAAGAUGAGAGGGAAGGUGAUGGGUCUAAGAGGGUAGAGCAGGUGGAGACUGAGUUAGGGACGAAGAGCACAAAAGGAGAAUAUGGCCUGAACUGUACUGCUAGAGAGGAUGGAGAGACAGAGAACUUACAAGAUAUUGAAGAAGAAAAUGAUAAUGAAACUCAGGAAGGUUGCAGUGAAAGAAGUGAUGAUAAAUGUGAUAAAGAAGAUGAGAGAGAUGGUGAUGGAUCUAGGAGAGUAGGGCAGGUGGAAAUUGAGUUAAGGAAGAAGAGCACUGUUGAAGAAGAUGACCUGAACUGCACUGUUAGAGAAGCUGGAGAAACAGAGAACUUACAAGAUAUUGAAGAAGAAAAUGGAAAUGAAGAAGGUUGCAGUGAAAGAAGUGAUGACAAAUGUGAUAAAGAAGAUGAGAGAGUUGGUGAUGGGUCUAAGAGGGUAGAGCAGGUGGAGAUCGAGUUGAGGAAGAAGAGCACCUUAGGAAAAGAUGACCUGAACUGUACUGUUAGAGAAGAUGGAGAGACAGAAAACUUACAAGAAAAUGAAGAAGAAUGUCAUGAAAAGGAAAGUGAGUGCAAGGUCGAGGAGGCUGGAAUUGCGACAUUAGAUGAUGGAUGUGAUGAGGAAAAGGUUGAGCAGGGCUGGAGCAAUAAGAAUGUAGAGAGGGUAGAAGUAGAUUUAGGAAAAAUGAAACUAAGAGAUUGGUUUGAGGCCAUAGAGGUUCAACUGCCAAAACAGAUAAUUGAAGAGACAGAGAAGAUGAUCGAGCCCAUGAGAAGUAAGAGUAUGAGAGUUCACAAGCAUAUUGCAGAGCAAAAGGAAAAGGGCGUGUAAGAUGAUUUGAUCCCUCCUUGCAAGAUCCCCAUUUUGCUAGCUUCAUGAUAUGUGCUAACUUAUACCUGAGAAUACUUUGAUCUCAUUGUUAAGUUGCUACCGGCUUAAUGUGGUUUCUUCAGGUAUGGUAGGAAUCUUGUUAAAAGAAACUGAAUGACAAAAG